GCCCCAGCCCCGGGCGAUGGAAGCCUGUGGCGGCUCGCAGGGACCGGCGCCCACCGAAAUCAUGGGACAACUCCAGCAGGAGCUGCGGAAAGCCAAGGAUGACCACAACAUGGCCAUAGGUGCUAUCUCUUCCUUGCAAAGACAGAUGGAGAUCCAAGAAUCUGAGCUUCGGAGAAUCAGAUCUGAAAAGGAAUUUCUCCAGAAGCAGCUCAGAGAGCGAGAAGUCCAGCUCCAAGCUUUGUCUGACAAGUUUUUCAGCCUGACAGAAGAACAGAGGCAGGAAGAAAUCACGGCGAUGAUGGAGGAGGAGAACCGCAAUCUUCAACAGGUUGUUAGAGAACAGGAAUCCCAGCUGGCUGAGCAGAAGGAGAUCAUCAGUGAGUUACAGGGGAAAAUCAGCCAGCUGCAGGCCGAGGUUGUGAACACCCACCUUCACCUCCUGGAGCAGAAACAGGCUCAGAAGGAGAUCCAGAGCCAGGCUGAGGCACUGCAGCACAAGGAGCUACAAACUAGAGUGGCACUGGAGCACAUCAGCAGCAAGUUUGAAAGGUAUCGAAACAAAAUAAUCCAGGCUACAUUCAGCGUGGAGGGCAUCCAGAGCCCCUCGGCCGAGCUCACAGACAACGAGGUGCUGGAGGCAAUGCAGAAAAUCAUUAAUGAGCGGACAGAGUUCCAGCAGAUGCUGAAGAACAAGGGUAGCAAGGUGUCACUGCUGAGCAGCGACAGCCGCACAUCAUCGCCUGCGAGGAGAAGGACCUCCUCCAGGAUAGAAAGGCUCUGAUGGCUGAGCCAGAACCCAUCACCAGCCUCAGGCUCUGGGUUCUGGGCUCAGAGCUGGUGCCUUACAAUGAAUUAAACUCAUUUUACUGACACCAUG